CGGCCGGUUCAUUGCUCGACGGUGUUUGCUGUUGGAUCGCUGGUACUGCGAGCGACAUUGUCACACUUACUCACCAUGGCAACAAGUACACGAGUGGAGCCGCUGAGAGAACCCAUUGCUGCUAAAGUGCAACAGGAAUGUCGGAGCUCCAUUUAUCCUGCGGCAAGUGUUAGGGUAUUUCCCUCUGGGUGCGCCCACACGGCUUACUUUCUUCAGUACGCUGAGAAGUUCAGGGACUUUGAAAUACGUGAAGACGAUGUGUGGAUUGUAUCCUAUCCCAAGUGCGGAACAACAUGGACUCAGGAAAUGGUGUGGUUGAUAGCUAAUGACCUGGAUUUCGAAAAGGCCAAGAAAAUACCACUCAAUGAAAGAGUACCAUUUUUUGAGUCUCCUGCAAUUGUCACGACCCCGAUCACGAGUACAGAUGACAUUUUGACGUUCCUUACCAAAAUGACUUCACGGAGGUUCUUUAAAACUCACUUAACAAAGGACCUGAUGCCUCUUCAGUUGUGGACCAAAAAGCCUAAGAUCAUUUAUGUUUCUCGGAACCCAAAGGACGCUGUGGUAUCCUACUAUCACCAUCACAGAUUAUGGAAUGGAUAUGUAGGCACGUUUCAAGAUUUCGUUGAGGCUUUUCUCGCAGAUGUCCUCGUUUACAGUCCUUUCUGGGAUCAUGUUCUGGACUACUGGAGACUAAGGGAUGAGCCCAAUGUUCUCUUCAACACUUACGAGGAAAUGAAGAAGGAUUUACCUAGGGUGAUAAGGAAGACGGGAGAAUUUCUGGGCAAGGAGUUGAGCAAGGAGGCAGUGGAUCAGCUGGUAGAACAUCUGAGUUUCGGCAGCAUGAAGAAGAACCCGGCCAUCAACCUGGAGGACUACGCACGAAUCGAGAGAGAACGGUACGGUCUCUCGGAGCAACCAGACCUGCAGUUCAUUCGCCAAGGCGAAACCGGAGCCUGGUGGAAGGAGAUGACGCAGGAUAUGUCAGACCGACUGGACGCUUGGACACUGCAAAGACUGGAAGGCACUGGAUAUGAUCUUCAGAUCAAUGAAAUAUGAGACGAGAAGACUAUGCCUUAGAGCUCGUCGUAUCUUAAUCGUAAUGGAAAGGAAACAAUAGCGCGAUCUUCUGGGAUAUAACGCCGUGCAGUCCGUUGAAAGCCAACCAAUAUUUCGGUUAAAUAUAUCGCCUCCAUCUUCACAGUAGAAGAAUAAGCCGAGCAAGAAACCAGUGUGAAAGGAGGUGGCAAGAAGAACUCUGCUUCCUCGGAUUAUUCUUCGACCCUGAUGAAGGAGGCAAUAUGUUCCUCCGAAACGUCAAAUGAGUUUCAACAUACUACAUGGCGUCAUAUCACAGAAGUUAGUGCUAUUCAUAACUAUCUCUGUUAAAAUCUGAAAUCGUACAAACGAAAACAACAUCCUUGUUGGCGAACAAAAUUUGAUGGGAGAACAUGGAAACCUGUUGUGACAACUUUGAUUUCCUUUUACCACAUAUAUAUACAAGGGGUUGUAGUUGCUUAAUAUGAUCAAGAGAUUUAUAAAAGAGGAGUCGAGUUGGGGUGAUAAAAUAAUAUGGUAAAGUCCAUGCGUAGCACAUAGCUUUCUUGUAUUGCAAAUGCUCAAACCUCCUCCCCUAACCGCUUCCAGCGACCCGCAGUGUAUGCAUAUUCUUCUUCUUCAGCAACAGAACUAGUAUUCAUAUCAAACAAAAGUGGUACAAUUAUAGGUUCGUAUAAUUUUAUAUUGAUGUCAAGAAACGAUAAGAUGAAAUAGUGUGAACUGAGUUGUGACAAAUAUGUCCCAAUUAUAUUUUGCACUUAAAGUCUUCGCCAAUUUAACGUCGAUUACCUGUUCUCCUACUCAAAUAUAUGAACUUCCUCCAAUAUACAUUAAGCAUCUGCACAUGGCCAUUAUUCAUGUACGUAAAGCUUCUCUUUUUUUUUUCCUUGGCACUACAGCCCCAGUGGGUCUAGGCCUACCUCCAUGAACUUCUCCGUUCACUUC